ACAGUGUGCAGUAACCUCCACAACUUGGGGGAUAAUAGAUCAUUGCGCGGUGGAUGGGUGAAAAACAUUGGAUGCAGUUGGUUUAAAGCUCGGGAAGUGCCUCGCGAGCGCGAGGGUUGUCUCGAUGGAUCCGCGGUAUCGGGAGACUGGAUAAUCCGCAUCGAUGACACAUCGGGGAUUUUUUCUGUAUCGAAUAAUCAAUCGAGGGUUUUUUUACCGAGGGCGGUGCAUGUUUAAUUAUGAUACACGUGUCGUCUGAAAACGCCCAGAGGUACGACCGUGUCAAGCGCAAGGGCGUUGCGUUUUUAUCCGGUAUUUUUAGAAGUAAGAAAUUUGUUUUUGGCAUGAAGAUCGACGAGGAGGACGAGAUGGAUAGAGCACCGAGGGUGGAGGGUCCUGCUAUCGUCUCUACAAAUUGUCGUCGCAAUGUCGGCGGUCAAGUGUCAUCGGGGGAUAAUGAGAAUUCUGUAUCGAGUAGAAUUCCAUCUAGUCUGAGUGUCGCAGCUGUCGAUGUAGUGGUAGCUCCAGCGGUGUGUCAGCCCUCACCCUCUCAUUCAAUUCUCACCCUAACACCAGGCAGAACGCGUAACAUAGAUCAGGAUAUGGAGGCGCUACGAUUGAGUCGACAGGACAAUCCAUUUUUGCAGGUAUUAGCUAGUCGUGAGAGUUUGGUGGAAUCGAUUGAGGAGUCCGAGUCCGAUGAUGCGAUUUUAAUGUCUCAGGAGCUGGGCGAUACCGAUCCGCUGACCCUGGCCCAAGUGCAUGAACACCUUGUGCGCAGCCCACCACCCGCCUCGUGGCCCCACACACCAGCCUUUCCAUUCAAUAAUACUCCCCCAAUGACUUCCGUCACUAACGCCGAUCCAAUGGCACGCUACAAGUACUCCAACAGCAGUCCGUCAAACAGUGGCUGCUGCAGGGAUCGGUCUACCGAUACCAGUGAAUUGUCGAGGAGUGAGCCAUCCAGCGAUUACAGAGGGGAUCGUCACACACACUCGUUUUCCCUCCUGAACCCGACGCCCAUUCGGACCCUCUCGGAAGUCCGGCGUCUGCACAGAUCCGCUGACGAUAGUGUUCAACUAAUGUCAUCGGAAUAAAUGAAAGGGGAAAAAACAAUUUUAUAAAUUUGAGAAGAGGAGUAAGAAGGAAAUAAUUAUGUUAAUGGUAUUCACGCGGGCGUUCUCAAGCCAGUUUGCACGAGGAGAAAAGUUGAAUAAAAAUUAUCCGGAGAAUCGCGGCAAAUUUUACCGUGCGAGGUAAUUGUGGAGCAAAAUUGUAGUUCAAUAAAAAACACUUUGCGGAGGAUGUCUUACACGGACAGAAAUAUUCAAUAAAAAUUACGUAUCUUUUCCGUAAUUCCGGAGCGAAAUGUGGUUGUACGAAA